UGGGAUUUUGAUCUCACUUUUCUUUUCAUUUUGAAAACUAGAGGGUUAAAAUGGUAGUUUACCUUUAUUUAAUUUCCUUUUUUUGAAAAUCCAUUAAAUAAGCUUAGAAAGUCCAGAGAGGACUCACCCACAGAAUCUAUAAAAAGCAAGGGGGUUUCAUUGCAAAAAAAUGGAGAAAGAGCAAAGAAGAUGGAAGAUUGUAGGGAGCCAUUGUUGGAGCUUAGUGGUUUUGAAGGAAAUAAGAAGAGAUGGUGGAAGAAAGUGUUGGAUAUGGAAGAAUCAAAGCUUCAACUUUUAUUUUCCCUUCCAUUGAUUCUUACAAAUGUAUUCUAUUAUAUGAUAACUUUGGUUUCUGUUAUGUUUGCUGGUCAUCUUGGUGAACUUGAGCUUGCGGCUGCUACUCUUGCUAAUACUUUGGCUAGUGUUACUGGCUUUGCUUUAAUGACCGGACUGAGUGGAGCGCUUGAAACGCUUUGCGGCCAGGCAUUUGGUAGGAAGUUUUACGGGAAGAUGGGGUUGUAUCUUCAAGGCUCUUGCAUCUCAUCAUUCUUUUGUUCCAUCAUUCUAUCAGUUUUAUGGAUUUACACAGAACAGAUUCUAGUGUUGCUCCAUCAAGAACCAGAGAUUUCAAGGAUAUCUGCAAUGUAUAUGAAGUUUCUCAUCCCAGGAUUAUUUGCAUAUGGUUUACUCCAAAACAUCAUGAGAUUUCUCCAAACACAGUCUGUUGUCAUGCCGUUGGUUUUCUUCUCUGCUGUCCCAAUGUUCAUCCACAUACCUAUUGCAUACGCUCUUGUUCACUGUACACGUCUUGGUUUCAGUGGAGCUCCAUUAGCUGCUUCAAUCUCAUUAUGGGUGGCAUGCCUGAUUUUGGCUAUAUAUGUACUUAAAGCAAAAAAGUUUGAGAAAUCUUGGAAUGGCUUCUCAUUAGAAGCUUUUAGCUAUAGUCUUUCAAGCUUAAAGCUAGCUAUUCCAUCAGCAGCAAUGUUGUGUUUGGAGUAUUGGGCGGUCGAGGUUAUGGUUUUCUUAGCCGGGCUGAUGCCAAACCCGGAAACAAGUACUUCACUGAUAGCAAUGUGUGACAAUACACAAACCAUUGCCUACAUGAUCACUUGUGGACUCAGCGCUGCAGUAAGCACAAGGGUUUCAAAUGAAUUGGGAGCAGGCAAUUUUGACAAAGCCAAAACUGCCAUGUUUGCAACUCUCAAGCUUUCUGUUCUCCUUCCUCUGCUGGUCGUUUUAGCACUUGCAUUUGGUCAUAACACCUGGUCUAACUUCUUCAUCAACAGCAAUACAAUAAGGGAUGAGUUUUCUUCCAUGGUGCCGUUUCUCGCUAUCUCGAUAACGCUCGACUCAGUGCAAGGCGCCAUAUCAGGGGUAGCUAGAGGCUAUGGGUGGCAGCACUUGGCCGUAUACAUAAACUUGUCCAUGUUCUACUUUAUCGGUGUAACGAUAUCGAUCCUUCUUGGGUUUAAGCUUAGAUUAUAUGCUAAGGGUUUAUGGAUCGGGUACAUCUGCGGUCUCUCGUCGCAAACGGGUUGUCUUCUUUUAGUCGCAUUGUCUGCAAAAUGGAUUAAAAUGGAUCAAUCUAUUAUGAAGUAAAAGAUAUUUAUCUUCUAGUUUAAUAGAAGUUUUUAGGAAUGAGUGUAAACAGAAAUGCUCGAAAAGGAACCUUCAAAUCAUGUUUGAUAAUAAUUAGGCGUUGGUUCUCUAUUUUUGAAAA